CUCCCUCCCCCUCUCUCCCUCUCUCUCUCUCGCGCAGAGCCUGGCUCGGGGCUCGCUUGGCCAGCUGAGGGGAGCCAUGGGGAGCCUGAAGGAAGAGCUGCUGAAGCCCAUCUGGCACGCCUUCACCGCCCUCGACGUGGACCGCAGCGGAAAGGUCUCCAAGUCCCAGCUCAAGGUCCUUUCUCACAAUUUGUGCACACUGCUGAAUGUUCCACAUGAUCCAGUGGCUUUAGAAGAGCAUUUUAGAGAUGACGACGAAGGGCCUGUUUCCAAUCAGGGAUAUAUGCCUUAUUUAAACAGAUUCAUCUUGGAAAAGGUUCAAGGAACUUUUGACAAGGUAGAAUUCAACAAAAUGUGUUGGACAUUGUGUGCCAGAAAGAACCUCACAAGAAAUACCCUGCUCCUUACUGAUGAUGAUGCUUUUAAAGUAUGGGUCAUUUUCAAUUUCUUAUCUGAGGAUAAGUAUCCACUCGUCAUUGUACCAGAAGAGAUUGAAUACUUGCUUAAGAAGCUGACAGAAGCUAUGGGAUUAGGCUGGCACCAGGAACAGUUUGAACAUUACAAGAUCAGCCUGGAUGCUAAUGGAAAAGGCCUUUCUGCCUGGGAACUGAUUGAGCUCAUUGGAAGUGGAUGGUUUAGCAAAGGGAUGGAUAGACAGACAGUAUCUAUGGCAAUUAAUGAAGUCUUCAAUGAACUUAUAUUGGACGUAUUGAAACAGGGUUAUAUGUGGAAGAAAGGCCAUAGACGGAAAAACUGGACAGAGCGUUGGUUUGUUUUAAAACCCAAUAUUAUAUCCUACUAUGUGAGUGAAGAUUUAAAAGACAAAAGAGGCGAUAUAGCACUGAAUGGCAACUGUACUGUAGAGGCCUUACCUGACAAAGAUGGAAAGAAAUGUUUGUUCCUUAUAAACAGUUUUGAGAAAUGUUUUGAGAUUAGUGCAUCUGAUAAGAAAAAGAAACAGGAGUGGAUUCACGCCAUUCAGACAACUAUAAAUCUGUUACGAUUAAAUAACCCACCACCUCACAAGGAGGCACGGCAGAAACGGAAAGAGUUACGCCAGAAGCUUCAGGCGGAACAAGAGGAACUGGAGAGGCAAAUGAAAGAGCUCCAAAUGGCAAAUGAGAACAAGCAGAAGGAACUGGAGACAGUCCGAAAGCAACUGGAAGAAGCUGCAGCUCGAGCUUCAGAGGAAGAGAAGAAGCGUCUGCAAACUCAAAUGGAAUUGCAGGAUCGAUUUAGCCUUGAACUGGAGAGAGAGAAAAUGGUAAGGCAGCAGAUGGAAGAACAAGUUGCCCAGAAGUCCUCUGAACUAGAACAAUAUCUAUUGAGAGUGAAGGAACUAGAGGAAAUGUAUAAGCAGCUACAGGAUGCCUUGGAAGAUGAGAAACAGGCACGCCAAGAUGAGGAAACCGUCAGGAGACUUCAGGCCAGGCUACUGGAAGAAGAGUCUGCAAAAAGAGCAGAGCUGGAGAAAUGGCACUUAGAGCAGCAACAGACCAUUCAGGUGACUGAAGCAGAGAAGCAAGAGCUGGAAAACCAGAGAAUUAUGAAAGAACGUGCUCUUCAAGUUGCCAUGCAACAAUUGGAACAACUGGAAGUGGACAGGAAGCAAGCACUUGAACAAUACGAGGAAGUGAAAAAGAAGCUGGAAGUAGCAGCAAACAAGACCAAGAGUUGGAAAGACAAAGUAGCUCACCAUGAAGGGUUAAUUCGAUUGAUUGAACCAGGUUCCAAGAAUCCUCACAUGAUCACAAAUUGGGGACCAGCGGCUUUCACUGAAGCUGAGCUUGAACAAAGAGAAAAGAGCUGGAAAGGGAAAAGGAAUACUUCUGAACAAUGAAAACAGCCAGUGUAUUUUAGUUGCGGAGGAGAAACUGAUUUGUUAAAUGAAAUCCCCUGGACUCAUUUAUUAUGAACUGUUGAAAGUUCUCAUCAACAGAUUCAACUGGAUGACAAAAUAUGAUGUGUCUACAGCACAUUUUUUGUCUAAUUUAUUUUCAGGCACACAUACAGUGAGUGUAAAUUACGCCAGAAUUGGGGUGAAAUGGUAAUCAAGAUAGCCAGAGAUCUGCAUUCAUUGCUUGGAAUAAAUUAUGGCUAUCGAGAAAAUGUGCAUGUUCUCAUUUCAGUUGUGCUUUUUGAAACACAAAGGCUGUUGUGGAACAGAAUGAGCAUAUCUACACACUAAUGCUUAGUCUGUUUGUUAGAUUUUGGAGUUGUUGUUGCUGGUUGGUACAUUCCAUAGUCUCAUAGAGCAACAUAGCAACUUGUUUACUGUGUGGCUGACAUUCCAUUGGAUUCCCUUCUCAUAGAUAUAUGGGAUGCUGUCUCAGGAAAACAAAUGAAGUUGCUGUUUCUGAAUCUUUGUUAGUAUGAAAAGGAUAAAAAUUAUGAAUUGUGUGUGAAUAAAUAGUACAGGUUGAUUAUUCCUUAUCUGAAAUGCUUAAAUUCAGAAGUGAUCCAUGUUUUGGAUUUUUACAAAUCUUGGAAUAUUUGCAUAUAUAGAGUCUUGCUUAUCCAACAUAAACAGGCCAGCAGAACACUGGACAAGUGAAAAUGUUGGAUAAUAAGGAGAGAUUAAGAAAAAGCCUAUUAAACAUCAAGUUACAUUAUGAUUUUACAAAUUGAACGCCAAAACAUCAUGUUUUACAACAAGUUGACAGAAAAAGCAGUUCAAUACAUGGUAACGUUAUAUGGUAAUUACUGUAUUUACUAAUUUAGCACUAAAACAUUGCAAUGUAUUGAAACAGCUGUGGAUCCGGGUGGGAGGCAGACUGCGUUGAAUAAUACAGAACAUUGGAUGAGUGAAUGUUGGAUAAGCGAGACUCUAAUGUAUGUAUGUAUGUAUGUAUGCGUGUGUGUGUGUGUGUAUACACACACACACAAACACACACAUAUAUAAUGAGAUAGAUGGGAACCAAAUCUAAACACACAUUCAUUUAUGUUUCGUAUAUACCUUAUACACAUAACCUGAAGGUAAUUUUAUGCACAAUUUUUUUAAUAAUGUGUAUGAAACAAAGUCUGUGUACAUUGAAUCAUCAGGAAGCAAAGGUGUCAUUAUCUCAGCCACCUACGUGGACAGUUUUUGAUUUUGGAAUAUUUCAGAUUUCAGAAUUCUGGAUAAGUGAUGCUCAAGCUGUACAUUAAACAUCCCAAAGGCCAACCUUUGAUUACUGAUCAAUGGAGAAGGUCUAUUGGCAAGUAAUAAAAAUAUUUGAAAUGUUAAGGAAUACAAACAUUCUCUUUGACAAGAAAAAAAUAGGCUUUGUCAAUAUUUUGGCAGCUUUUUUCUAGAAAGUCAGGUUUACAGAUUCCAGUGUAGGAUUCAGUUCUGGGCUUCUGCCGAAAGAACAGUAGAAUGUAGAUGUGGGUGGGAGGCAUCCUCCCAUGUGUACCCCACCCCUUUACUUCAGCAAUUGCCCCAAAGGGUUUCGGGAACAAUUCUUGGGCAGCUCCAAGGGUAUUAGGGACAGACCUUCUGCUGUUCUGACAUUAUAGCACUAGGAUUUAGGCCUGCAUCUCAACCCUUGUAACAUGAACUCUGUGCCUUUAAAAUGUUGUUGAAUAAUUGUUUUUUUAAUGGAAUAAUUACUUUGUGUUUGUGGGGGGAAAUCUUUUAUGCAUUUUUACUGCCUACUCUCUAUAAAUAUUACACUCUGUAAAUAUUACACCCUUGGGACAUGGGUUUUUCCUCAUUCUUUACAACAGGGUGGACUGUUUAUGUCCCCCAGGGGUCAUUUUAGAUCUUCAUUUUCUAGGAAAAAGAAAAAAGAGAGAGAGAGAGAUUUGUCUUGGAAGCAUCUAGGAACAGUCACUUGCCUUUUAAAUAGGUCACAGGGGCCCCUUCCACUGUUAGCAUCAACAAUACCCCCCUUCCAACAUGUAGCUGGAAGUACAUUUCCGUUUUCUCUUUUUAGUAGCGCUUUCAGAUUCCCAGAGUCAUAAGACUGACUCCCUCGCCAACCAUUGUGAUUGUUUACCUUACCUUUGGUUUAUGCUCCAAAAUAUGUUUUUCCCAGAAGAAUGGGCAGAUAAUUGUGCAACUGCAGGAUAACAGCUAAUUCUACUCUUCCUGCCCCCAGAUUUCACCUGACCUUUACUCAGUGAGCAAGUGCUCUCUCUGCUUUCUGGAAAAUAGUAAUAUUUCUGGAAUUAUUUCUCCUCUACUCAAGCCUGAACAUUAUGAAGUCUUAGACUAUCCUUUUCUCUUCCCUUGAGAUAGUGCUGUUGAUAUUUUUAUUGCAUUUUAAAACAUGAGAAGUAAAACAGAAAUGUUAACAUUGUUUACAUAGGACACAAGUUUUGUUGUUAUAAUAGAUCUUGAAAGAAAAAGGAGUACAAAAUGGAAAUGUAUCUGUACUUCCAUAUAUUAUUUUGUUGCUCAUUUAAUGGGCAUAAGGAUGAGAAUUAGUGUUUCCCAGGAUUUGCCCAUUCUGGACAAGGAAUGGUGAAGAACAUCUAAUAUAUGUUAAAUUUUCUAAUAGUCCUAUCCAUAGAGAACCAAUGUGAUGUGGUGUUUUGAGCGUUUGACUAUGACUCUAGAGACCAGGGGUAAUUCCCCACUUAGCUAUGGAAACCUACUAGUGGGUGACCCUGGGUGAGUCACAUACUUUCAGCCUCAGAAAACCCCAUAAUAGGGUCACCAUAAGUCAGAAAUGACUUGAAGGCACACAAUGGCAACAACAAUUCCUUCUUUUUGCACAUUUCAGUCUUUUGCUGAAUGAAAAGGUUAUGUAGCAUGCUCUGAAUAUCCAAAAUUGACAUUCUUGGGAGCAAGCACUACUGAACAUAGUGAUUCUCCUUCUGAGUGAAUGUGCAUUGGGCAUUGGCCAUACUGGCUGGCUCGAGGGGAAGGAAUGCUCUGGGAUUAAUCAUGCAAAAACUCAACUUUUUAAAGCUCUGAUUAUACUAUGUGGCAAUGAAGUACUUUACAAAUGUGCCUACUUAUUUAACGUUUUAAUUAACUGUUCUUCUUUUCCAAACUUGAGUAUUUUUCCACAAAGGCCUGAAUAUUAGUACAGUUAAUAACAACUAAACUGUCUUGCAAAUACUUAUAAAAUUAACUUUUGUGGAUUUGAAUAUAGAAUACUAUAACUGAAUUCUCAGUAUCUUAAUUAAAUGGUGCAUUCUUGAAAAUAUGCUGUUUGGUUUGCUCUUGAGCUCAUAAAGGUGCACACUGCAUUCUCCAUUUGAUUUGGCUAGUAGGACAAAGUUGUUAAUAGUAUAGUUCAUUAAUCCAGGAUUAUUGUUUUACACUGGCCAACACACAUUUUGGUGCCUCAAAUGUUAGCCCAUUUUGUAGGUAUAUCUGACGUGCUGAAUCCAAAAAAAGACACUGAUUUCUCCCAAUUGGCUCUAGUUUUUGAUAUACAGAUCAUAUAUCAGUCACAUUUCUGCUCGCUCCUAGAAAACCAUGAUAGCCAUAUCUAAUAAACUAGCACUGAUGCAGUCUAUCCAAUUCAAUUUUCUGAAUCAGCAUCCCAAAUAACCUCAGGGUAGCCCAAAAAGCCAAGACAUUUUGGGGGGUUGUGUUAUUUUAAUAAAAGGCCAAGUUGAUGAUCACAGAUUGGAACAAGAAGACUUCUAAAUAUAAUAACAUUUCAUUUUAUGAGUAUUUAAACUUUGGGAGUAUAUGUGAAGCACCAAACCAAUUGUUGUAGCUCAUUUAUACAAAAAGUGGUAGGUUUGUCCCAGCAGCAUGGUAGUUGUACAGGCAAAAAUUGUGCUACAAAUUCCAUGUGACACUCCAAAAUGAUUUUAGGCCUUUAAUUUUCUCAGCAAAAGUGUUUCUGAGUGACGUUUUUGGAUUUCCCAAGUGUGCACUUUGUGCUGCCCUUAAUUCCCUUAUGGCUGCCUGGUAACUUUGGAGGCUGAGCAUAUUUCACUGAGCAAACUGACCUUUGCUUUUUUUCAUUUCAUUCUGCUUUCCAGCCAGUUCCAACUCCUUUAUUUGCCAGGUGCUUGUCAAAUCUUUGUGUAUAAGAGAAUGGUUAAAUAAACAAAUUAAAAAUGUUUUUUAAAAUUCCUACUCUUUGGGUUUCCCCUCUAUAUGUUGUCUCUGGGUGUUGAUUUAGGUGGCUUCUGGGUAAAACAAAGGCUCAGUCACUCGAUGUGAAGGAACCAAGAGCUUCUGCUCAGGCUCCUGGUAUUACCUUACUCUCAGGUUUAUUCAUCUGCCCCUGAUAGCUGCAUUCCUUGCUUGAAAUUCUUGAAAAUUAAUAAGCAUGGAAACUUGGAGGGUUAAUUUGCAAAUGUAUGAACCUCUGUUGUUUUCUAAAGAUGGGACCAACAUCUCACACUUUUUAUCAGGGCAUUAAGAAAUAAAUCAUUCAUCCUUUUAAAAUAGAGUGCAGAUUGCACUAAAUAAAUCCUAUAAGCUUUUUAAUUUUUUUUUAAGAAAACCAGUGUUUUUAUUACUGCAAAAGUUGGAAAAUUUUCUGAUUGUUGUAUAUCAUAAAUCCCAGUUAACUAAUAUUUGUAGUCAACUUAUUUGGGAGAUUUUGAAUAUGAUUUUUGUCAUAGUCCUGAAUCGUUGUGUUUUAUUCACUUCAUUUAUUCUUGUAUUUAUUAUUUAUACAUCAAAUUUCUGCCAAAUUAUUUUUAAAAAAACAUCCCCUGGUGUUUUCAUUUGGAUGUAAGUGUCUUGUGCAAAAUCCCUUAGGUGUUAAUGAUCUGUGCAGUGAUAAUGUUGUCUAAAUUGGGAUGCUGAUUAUUUGUGGGCUUUUCAAAGAAACAAAUGAAAAACUUCAUCUCCAUAGUGUUUUUUUUUUUUAGUGUGGGUGGUGUGUGUUUAAUUAACUGAAAAACAUUUGUUUGUAAAAUGGUUUCACAAAGUAUUAUAUGCAUGUAAAGAAAAUCAAUUCCUCACAUUUCUAGUUUUGCUGUUCACUGCUGCCAAGACACUCUGUCAUCACUCAGGCCUUACAGAAUCAGGGCUGUGGCCAAAGUCUCUUUUCUUAUUGCCGUCUGCCUUACCAAGCAUUAUUGUCUUUUCUAGUGAGUCAUGUGUUCUCAUGAUAUGUCCAGAAUACUAUACUCUCGGUUUAGCCAUCUUGGCUUCUAUGAAGAGUUCAGGCUUAAUUUGCUUUAGGAUCCAUUUAUUUGUCAAUUUAGCAGCACACGGCACUUGUAGAGCUCUUCUAGAGCACCACAUUUCAAAUGAACUGUCUUCCCGUCUUCCUGUCUUUCCUUACUGCCCGCUUUCAUAACCAUACAUAGAAAGAGUUUCUAGUUACUGCAUAUUAAAUAUUGCUUCUUUUUAUGCUCCAACAAUACUAGCAUUUUUGCAUUGGUUAUCUUGGUUAUAUUGAUACAGUCCAAACUGUAAGUACACUGUUAAAUUUCAUUGGGUAAACUUUGAUAUUUUGCUAACUACCAUUGUGUGCUAAAACCUUUUAUGGAAGUACUAGUGAUUUAUGUUUUCAAAUGUACUGUUUUGUUUGUACUGUUUUGUUUGUACUGGAAAAUCUAUUAAAAUGAACCUUGUAACUUC